AUGGCUGUGAGUCGCCUUCAACGCGAGCUUCUGGAAUUGUCUCAAGACCCUCCUGCCCACUGCUCUGCAGGCCCGGUGGAAGAAGAUAUAUUCCACUGGCAAGCCACCAUCAUAGGUCCUGAGAAUAGCCCUUACCAAGGAGGAGUCUUCUUCCUCUCCAUCGAGUUUCCGCGCGAUUACCCAUUCGAGCCACCCAAAGUCUCAUUCAUAACGAAAAUUUACCAUCCGAACAUCAGCAGAACCGGAAGCAUCUGCCUCGACAUCCUGGGUUCUGAAUGGUCACCAGCGCUGACGGUCUCCAAGAUAUUGCUGUCCAUCUGCUCCUUGCUGUGCGACCCCAACCCUGAUGAUCCUUUGGUUCCUGAAAUUGCAAAAACCUACCUAAUGGAUAGAACAACCUAUGAGACUGUAGCUCGAGAGUGGACUCAAAAAUAUGCCAUGUGA